AUGAAUGAGAAUAUAGAACUGAAGACUUUUACAGUAGAUGAUUCAAUAGAGAAUGACAUACAAGAGUAUCAUGAAAUAAAAGAAGAUACGACAUUAGAUGAUAUAGACACAUCAUUUUCAUCCAAACAAUCUAUAAUGCCGGUCGACGACUUUGAGUUUUUUACUCAAUACGACGUAAAAACUGAACCUAAAAAAUGUCUGAAGAAGAAAAAGACAAAAAAAAAGAUUAAUUCCUCUAAUUUAAUGGAUAUUAUAAGCUCUGAGAUCGCUGCAGCUAUGGUACCGAUAGCUGAGAAUGUGAUAACACGUGUAGAUAGCUCAAACGAACAACAAAGCAGUUAUUUACAGACAAAUUUUAGGAGAAGUAAAUUAUUACAUAAGACGAGAUCAUUUUUCUCCGAUGCGGAAAGCGGGUGGAAUCGAGAAACCCAGACUAUUUAUUUAAGUCCAAUAUUUCCAAGGGUCCUUGAAAAUGCUGUUGUUGAAGACAAUUUUAUUCCAGUUGAAUAUGUGCACCCAUCUUCGUAUGAUAUUAUGAUUGCAAAACAGUCAGAUGUAGACAAAGACAUCACUACUAAAUUCUUAGACGUGACCAUUCAGAACAUUAUAUUCAAACACCACUAUAAUUUUACUUUAGAAAAAUUACUUUGUAUGAAAGUAAUCGAAAUAUUUAAGCAGUACGAAGUUGUUCGGAAAACAUUAAAAGAUUUGUCUAAUAAUAUUAAAGUAAACAGAGAAACGAAAGAUAACCUCAAGAAAGAUCUAGCUAAAGUAAGUCCAAGUAAAAAGGAAAGUAUAAGAUUCGAUCAAACUGUCAGAAAAUAUACGGAGAAACUUAUAAAGCUGAAAGAAGAACAGAAAGACUUAAUCAAACAUAAGAAAGAACUUGCUCACAAAAUAGUCUCACUCUGGUCAGAUAUAGAAAUGGUAAGAGAAAAGAAUGAGUGUAUAGAAACUCCGUACAACAUAGAACUUUAUAAAAAGAAGUUAGGCUCGAAAGAGUUUGAAAUAGAAUGGAAGCAAACUUUUAAUAAUGAAUUCACAGAUAAACUUGAUACCAUUGAAUACGAGUAUGUAAGUAAAUAUCUAGAAUAUAAAAAGGUGAAACAUGAACACAAAGUAAACGCUGACAAUAAAGUGAUGAAGCCACAAUUGCAUGUUGAUGAAGAUUCGAUAAAAAUGGAAGCUCAGGAACUAGCAGAUAUCAUAAUACAAAAAGAUGAAAUGGAAUUGACAUUAAUAAAAGACGAAAGCAUUAUUACUGACUCUAUGAGAAUGGGCAUGCGUUUAACCAAGAACUCGUAUAAUUUUGAAGUUUAUGUAGAUGACGUUUUUGUUUGUGAAUCUGAACAUUACCAGAGCAAUGAUAUGUUUUGUGUAGAAUUUACGGAAAGUUUCUCAGUGCAGAUUUUACCUAAGAACAGCUGCAUUAAAUUAGUUUUAUUAGAAAAUUCUAAUAUUAUUUCAGAUCUGAAAAUAUACUUAGAUGAAAUUAAAAAAAACAAUGCCACAAGUGUUUUUAAUGUUGAAAAAUUCGUGUCUGGUAAUAAAAUUGAGCCAAAUGCUAACCAUGUUGGUAGUGGAUGUAGUAUUAAGGAAAUAGCAGUUGCAAAUAAAGUAAGGCUAAGAAGUUGUAGUAUUUUUAAAGAAAAGUUAUUUACAUCCUGUGAAGUUAACGUAAAGAUUGGAUGGAAUGACAAAAUAGAUGUAAGUCAAUCUGAAGCUAUAAAAUCUUCGAUGCAAGUUGGUAGAGACUUAAAAAGAUUAAGGGGUGGAAUCAUUAAACCUGACUUCAAUAUUUUGAUAGAUGUAAUAAGUAAAAUUUAUGAGAAAGACGUUGACGAUGAAAACAUGAUGGAAACUUUACAAAAAUUAAGUAAAUUAGAAAUCAAAGUGGAUGAUUGUUUUCCUGUAGAUCAGAGUAAUCCCAAUCUCAUAAGACUAAAGUUAUUACAUUUAAGAAAUAUCGGCGGAUUUAGUAAUACAGAUAAUAAAAUUGUUCCUCUGCAUGCGAGUCAAAUAUCAACGGGACAGCUGAACUGUUUACAAAAAACGAAUGAAAAAGAAUUUGAUAUGGAUUAUUUAAAUAACAGAGAAAUGGAGAUGGACCCUAUUGAGAUUCAGAGGUUUAUAGGAGCCAAAUACGUACAGAAAUUAAACAAAAAUAUGAUGAGAAAUUUGAAUGAAUUUCUGCUUCAGAAGACUCAUAAAGAUGUCGUUAGAGAUUCUAAUUUAAGCUUAAGAAAUAUAUUCUCCAACCAUUCCAACGUAUCGAGCAUAACGACAAUGUCAAAUUCAGUCAAGCAGCAGAUGCUGUCUAGAUCCCUAUGCAACGAGCAAGAGAUACGCGUGACAAUACUUCGUGCUUUCAACUUGCUAGACAGAUUGUCUACAAUAUCAGAAGAAGAAGAUGACAACGACGAUAAGAUUGCCGGUUUCAAAGUACGACCAUUGCGGCCUUUUGUUCGGAUAAGCUAUCGAGGAGUAUCAGCUCAAACUGUUACGUCAAUUGGCUGCCACCCUUCAUGGAGCCAUACUUUAAAGAUUAAGGCCAAAUUGGAGCCACUUUCAUCCAUUCAAAUCAACGUUUUCGAUGAAUAUAAAACUAAUAUUCUCGAUGGCUUCUCUGAGGAGGACCGCUCUAGCAAGACUGUGCACUACAGAUAUUAUAACAAAUGGCUAGGGACGUUACAAAUACCGCUGUAUGCUGUACUGUCUUUGGGUACUAUUCGGGGCACAUUCAAAAUCUCAAGUCCACCACUAUUGUUUGGAUACGAAAACCUUCAAACAAAGGAGUCUACUUCAUUAAUCCCAGAAAUAACUCAACUGAUGAAAAAGGACACCUCGUUCAUAACGCUGGAAGUAACUACGGGCCUUUCACAUUUGGGAGGAUUACAUGCUUACAGCCAGCCCUUACCUUGUUCUAUAGAAGACGGUUAUUUGAUCAAACACCUCAAUAAUUUCGUCACUGAAUACAUAAAUGAGUUUCCGAUGAGAAAUAUUUUGCUGACCUUCAUAGACAGUGCUGGUAGAAAUAAGUGUGUGACACAAUUUCUGCAGCCGAUACCACUACCAGAUAAAAACUCCUUCCCGAAAGCCCAAAGAUGUGAGUCCGCAGUUUCAAAGUCCUCAGGAUUUUCGAAGAGCUCGUCUUCGAGUGGAAGAAGGAGAGAGCUGGACUUGGAGAGAGCGGGACAAGAGGAGAGGGAGUCGCUAUACAGUGGUGCUGUACGUGAUUCAGAUAAUUUGUCGCAGAUGAUUAAUACGUGUUUGCGAUACGUCUCCCUUAUUCCUACUUAUGAGUUGACUGAAUCUCAUGUGGUAACGUUAUUGGGACUUGAGUUAAUUAAAGUCCUGCAUGGGUCUCCAUUUGACCACACAAUACUUUUAGCCAGUCUCUUCAUCUACCUCGGCAUCAAAUGUUGGGUGGCCAUCGGCCUAGGUCUACCCCGAGGAAAGAGCAGCUAUGUACUUAUAAAGUACGAUCUUACAACAAGAAGAAUUGUGUUGGAUACCGAUCAGUUGUUCAGGAGCAAGGGCUUCUUGAAUAAAAGUGAUGGAUAUACUUGGUACGUGUGUGAUGCAAGUACAGGACAAAGACAUGAGCUCAGAGACGUCGGGUGUCCACUGAAAACUGUUGAUUAUGUGUUUGACAACGAAAAUAUAUGGGUCAAUAGACAGGUGUCACAAGAUUGCGAGAGUAUAUCAUUUGAUUUCUCGAGAUCCUCGGAUUGGCAACCAGUGUUCGACAAAUCUGUAUUCGUGAUGAAGCAGCCGGUAGUGACGGAUCUUUCAUUGUAUUCCCCACCACCCAAUGUGGAAGGGUUAAGAGCUGCACUCGAAACUAAAAUCAAGGCAAAAAUACAGAAGUGGCGAUCGCAUAUGAAGACCAUAUGGAACAGGUACUGCAGCACGCUUCUUAGAGAGAUGUUACCACAAUGGGAGUACUGGUCUUUUAAUCCAACGACACCAAAGCCGGGGUUUACCAAUAAGUUGAAACAGCUAAUGGUUACAUACAAGAUGUCCGGCUUCCCACUCAACGUGUCAUAUACGAACACGAAGUCGGUGAUAUCAACGGUAAAGUCGACAGGUCUGCACGUGACCGACGACCCUAAGGUAGAGUUCGCCCUCGGCGUGGAAGUGUACGCCUACCCUAAUAACGUCAUAAGUGUCUGGAUAUUUCUCGCCACCAUUACCAGGACAUAA